UCCCCUUAUUGCCAUUUCGCGGCAUCUUGUUUAUCUAUAUCGCCUCUCCUUCUUUAGACUGGAAGGCUGCGGAGCUCUACAAUGGCGUUGUCUAAUCCUUCUUUCUCCACCUUUUGCUCAGCUCAUAGACUCAAUCCCCUUCUCUUCGCUCGCCGCCAUCGCUGCGUCAGGAGUUCUCGUUGUCACUUAAAUCGUCGUCUCCGGCCUAGAUUCUUUGCCGUUGCUGCAUCAGAAAGCGGAGUCUUUACUUCACCGCAGAUAGCAAAGUCAUUUGACUUUUCAAAUGAGGAGCGCAUUUAUAACUGGUGGGAGUCUCAAGGCUAUUUCAAACCAAAUUUUGAUAGAGGGAAAGAUCCUUUUGUUAUCUCAAUGCCACCUCCAAAUGUCACUGGUUCGUUGCAUAUGGGACAUGCUAUGUUUGUGACUCUCGAGGAUAUUAUGGUCAGAUACCAUCGCAUGAAGGGAAGGCCUACACUUUGGCUUCCUGGAACUGACCAUGCCGGAAUUGCAACCCAGUUAGUUGUAGAAAGAAUGCUGGCAUCUGAAGGUGUAAAAAGGGCUGAUAUAGGAAGGGAUGAGUUCACAAAGCGAGUGUGGGAGUGGAAAGAAAAGUAUGGUGGGACCAUUACAAAUCAGAUCAAAAGACUUGGUGCUUCCUGUGAUUGGACCAGAGAACAUUUCACUCUCGAUGGACAACUAAGUAGGGCUGUAAUUGAGGCAUUUGUUACACUUCAUGAGAGAGGUCUAAUUUAUCAAGGAUCUUACAUGGUUAAUUGGUCCCCAAACUUGCAGACUGCAGUGUCAGACUUGGAAGUAGAAUAUUCUGAAGAGCCAGGUUUUCUAUACCAUAUUAAGUACCGUGUUGCUGGAGGUUCAAGGGACGACUUUUUGACCAUUGCUACGACACGUCCUGAGACUUUGUUUGGUGAUGUAGCCGUUGCUGUGAAUCCCGAGGAUGAUCGCUACACUAAAUACAUUGGAAGACAGGCCAUUGUCCCAUUGACAUUUGGUCGCCAUGUACCCAUCAUCUCUAGCAGGUUUGUUGAAAAAGAUUUUGGAACUGGUGUAUUGAAGAUAAGCCCUGGUCAUGAUCACAAUGACUACCUUAUUGCUCGGAAGCUUGGCCUUCCAAUACUUAAUGUUAUGAAUAAAGAUGCCACACUUAACGAAGUUGCCGGAAUUUACAGUGGCCUUGACCGCUUUGAAGCAAGGAAGAAACUAUGGGCAGAUCUAGAGGAGACAGGUUUGGCUGUCAAAAAGGAACCCCACACUCUCAGAGUUCCCAGAUCGCAACGUGGUGGAGAAAUAAUUGAGCCAUUAGUCAGCAAACAAUGGUUUGUAACCAUGGAAACUUUGGCUGACAAGGCCCUCAAAGCAGUUGAGAAUGGAGAAUUGACAAUUAUGCCUGAAAGGUUUCAAAAGAUAUAUGACCACUGGUUAUCAAAUAUCAAAGAUUGGUGUAUAAGCAGACAACUAUGGUGGGGACACCGCAUACCAGUUUGGUACAUUGUGGGUAAGGACCCUGAAGAAGAAUAUAUAGUCGCAAGGAGCGAGGAAGAAGCUUUUGUUAAAGCCCGUGACAAAUAUGGACGAAAUGUUCAAAUAUACCAAGAUCCUGAUGUUCUCGACACUUGGUUUUCAAGUGCUCUAUGGCCUUUCAGUACAUUGGGAUGGCCAGAUACUUCUGCAAAGGACUUUCAACAGUUCUAUCCAACUGCAGUACUUGAAACUGGGCAUGACAUAUUAUUCUUUUGGGUGGCACGCAUGGUGAUGAUGGGAAUUGAAUUUACGGGAACAGUUCCUUUCUCCAAAGUUUAUUUGCAUGGUCUUAUUCGGGAUUCACAAGGACGAAAGAUGUCCAAGACAUUGGGAAAUGUUAUAGAUCCAUUAGAUACAAUCAAGGAGUUUGGUACUGAUGCUUUGCGGUUCAGUCUUGCUCUGGGAACUGCUGGUCAGGAUCUCAAUCUAUCAACUGAGAGGUUGACAGCAAACAAAGGCUUCACUAACAAAUUAUGGAACGCUGGCAAGUUUCUUCUGCAGAAUCUGCCUGAUCAAGGCGAAAUAUCUUCUUGGGAGAGUAUAUCUGCUUUCAAGUUUGAUCAAGAGGAAUUUGUAAUCGGACUACCAUUACCAGAAUGUUGGGUGGUUUCAAAGCUCCAUAUGCUGGUUGACACAGCCACUGCAAGCUAUGACAAGUUUUUCUUCGGAGAUGUAGGGAGAGAACUCUAUGAUUUCUUUUGGGCUGAUUUUGCAGAUUGGUAUAUCGAAGCCAGUAAAGCUCGGCUUUAUAACUCAGAUGAUGCUCCAGCUGUUUUAUUGACUCAAGCAGUUCUUGUAUAUGUCUUUGAAAAUAUAUUGAAAAUGCUACAUCCUUUUAUGCCGUAUGUUACUGAAGAGUUGUGGCAGGCUUUGCCAAAGAGAGGAGAAGCUCUUAUUGUCUCUAAGUGGCCUCAUACUUCACUUCCUAGGAACGAAAUUGCAGUAAAAAGAUUUGAAAAUUUUCAAGCUAUGACUAGAGCAAUUAGAAAUGUACGAGCAGAGUACUCUGUUGAGCCAGCAAAGCGUAUAUCUGCAUCGGUUGUUGCAAAUUCAGAAGUUCUCCAGUAUGUUUCUGCUGAGAAGGAAGUUUUGGCUCUUCUAUCAAGACUAGAUUUGCAGAAUGUCCAUUUUACAGUUUCUCCUCCAGGUGAUGCAAACCAGUCUAUCCAUCUUGUUGUGGGCGAAGGGCUAGAGGCAUAUCUCCCUCUAGCUGAUAUGGUGGAUGUCUCGUCUGAGGUAAAGCGCAUCUCCAAGCGCCUUGAGAAGAUGCAAGGAGAAUAUAAUGCCAUUGUAGCUCGAUUGAACUCUCCCAGCUUCAUAGAAAAAGCUCCAGAGGACAUAAUUCGUGGGGUCCAAGAAAAAGAAGCCGAAGCAAAAGAAAAGAUAACUCUUACCAGAAAACGAUUAGAUUUCCUCAACUCGACGAUCAUGGUUCCAAAAUAGGUGAUAAACAACUCUUUUCUCCAUUUUUCGGAUGCAUCAAUAGAGGCUAGCCUUGUUCUAUGCUGUUCCUACAGAUUCUUCAAUUAUUAUUAGUAUUCAUUCAAGCAUUAAAGUUUUGGUCUAGAUAGUUCUAUCAGAAGGCAUUCGAUCCGGAUUUAUAUUUCUAUUGAAAUGAGGUGAAGUUCUAAGGUGUCUGAUUUCGCCUCUUGUAACUGUUGAGAGCAAAAUAAAAAUAUAAUGUAUAAUGAAAUUAUGUUGCUGCUAUAGUAAAGCUCAUUAAAGUUAAUUUAGGGCUCUUUUCAUUUCAAAUCUGUGUAAUAUAAGUAUAACUUCCAGUUAUGCAUGUUAAUAAUUUUUUUUUGUUACCAAUUGUA